AUGCCCGGAGUUCUAGCCGAAACUACACUGUCCGUCAGCGACGGUCCUUUGACCUCGGAGAACGCAGCUUACCUGCGCCCCUCCGACCCCAACCUCCCCGUCGAGGAGCUCCGCAAGCGCUACAAUGAGGACGGCUACCUCUUCCUGAAGCAGGUGCUACCGCGCGAAGAUAUCCUGGAAGCCCGCAAGGCCUAUUUCGAGUACCUCGCCCCGACCGGGGUUCUGCAGGAGGGCACCGAGCCCGUGGAGGGAGUUUUUAACCGGUCGAAAUCUAUCGACGACUAUCCCGGCAUUGGAGCCGGCCAUGUGGGCGGGAAUGGCCGCCCCGGUGGAGACAGUGCGGCGCAGUUUGUCGACAAGGCCAUCGAGGCCCAUUACAAGGACUGGUACACCAAGAACGUGGUCAACCACCCCGCUUUGUACGAUUUUAUCGCAAAGUUCACCGGCUGGGGCCAGGAUACUUUGACCUUCAAGCGGACGCUCCUGAGAAACAAUAUCCCUGGUUCGAAGCCGAUUGGUGUUCACUAUGAUCAGAUCUUCCUUCGGUAUGGAGAGCCGACGGCUGUGACUGCUUGGGUGCCUAUUGGUGAUAUUAAGAUUAACGGUGGAGGUCUGAUUUAUCUCGAAAAUGGCGACUCAAUCGGCCAGAAGAUUGAAGACGAGUUCACCGCCAAGGCAUUGAAGGCUGGUCUGACGGAGGAAGAGGCUAAGUCGGCCUUCAACUCGAAUAUGAUGUCGACUGGUCUGCUUUCGGAAUUCCCGGCGGAGUUUGCUAAGGAACAUGACCGACGUUGCUUGUCUCGGCCUUUGAGGCGGGCGAUGUGGUAUUGCACAAGCCUCAUGUCAUCCAUGCGUCAACUAUCAACAACGACGAAGACAACGUCAUCCGUCUUGCAACCGAUCUGCGAUUCUGCGAUUCCUCGAAGCCAUAUGAUAAGAUGGAUGAACUACUAUAGGUUCAACGACGGCGUUUGA